CAAAUGGGUAAAGCGGCACGUAGCCAGGAGAUCGUCUAGGUUACCGUCUCUUAGCAACAGACAGACAUUCACCUCCAGUCUGCUGGUUGCCAGGAGUAACGAUGAUGUUUAGAGCCAUUCUGUAUUUGAGCUUGGAGGAGAGAAGGACCGACGGAGUCUGACACACACACACACACACACACGCGCAAAAUGAUCGGAUUUGCUCUGAUCACACAUAUGAUUCUUGCACAUUUGGAUGGCAGAAAAGUCCUGGAAUUUUUCCUCGGCAUGUGAAUCAUUCAUUGAGAACUGAAACGAAAAAAAAAAACAUUUCUUUGUUGCUGCGACCCCAAUUACCCACAAUGCACACGCCAGCUUCAAUAGUGACUGGCAUUGUUUUCGCUCCCUUGGGACUGGUGCUUGUGUUUACUGCAGCCAUCACACCCCAGUGGCGGGAAGGCCAGGCUCGUCUGGGGAGGGUCGGGACUGGUGUUGGUGAAGCCAGGGGCAUCGAGCUUCUUCUCCUCCGGUCUGAUGGACUAUGGGAAAGCUGCUUGCAGGUGGUGCACUCAGAAUUACGAGAAUGCUGGCCUGUAUCUGGGCCGUACCAACACGAUUCACGAGUCCUUGCCACUCGGGGACUCGUUCUCUCGUCCUUGUUCCUGUGCGGUUCGGGGAUUGUUCUCGCCAGUGUUGGAGCUCGGUGUUGGACGGACACACCGCUCAGAAACGUAGCAGGAGCCGGAGGAUUGCUGGUGGCACUCGCAGGAGUUCUCAGCCUGGCGGCGUUGAGCAUCUACACUCAUCAUUUGCCCGAUCUGGGAGUGGAGCUUGUGUCAAACAUGUCGGACUUCCAAGGUCUUGACUUGCACAAGUUGCCCAGUCUGACGCUACACCCGGCCGGAUCUCUGUAUUUUGGCUGGGUUGGUGCAUGUGUGCAGGUCCUCGGAGGUCUUGCGCUCUUGUUUGGAGUUGGCCGGCCACAAUGCCCACUUCGCCCCAAACAGGUACGGAGGGAGAUCGUGAUGAAUGCUUACGAAGUCAGCUGCUAGACAAGGCCUCAUGAGAAGAUGAGAAAGAAGGGACAAUCAGGACUCAUCAAACACUGUUGUAACUGCUUGGAUCAUUGUAAAGAAUGUAAAGUGCAGCAGGUAGUGCUGCUGUCUCAAGGAUUCCUGGCUUGAACCAGAGCUCAGGUUACCAAGUUCUGCAUGUUCCCUCCGAAAUGUAGGUUUCUUGCGGGUUCUUCUGCUCCUUCCCACAUCCUAAAAACAUGCAGGUAGGAGGAUUGGCUAUACUAAGUUGCCCAUGGGUGUCAGUGAAUGUGUACAUGACGGCCCACAUCAUGUUCAGGGUAGGUUCUCUCACCAUGUGCUCAGUUGUCUCACCACAAACCUGAUCCUACAAAA